GGCGUCUUAAUACUUCAUUGAACUUGCCAUAUGCCCCGCUAUAUUCCAAAGUGUUCAGUGUUUCCUCCCCCCUGAACGCACAGUUGUGAUUCACCUUUUUUGACUUCACGUGAAGCCCCUGGUAAUCCGACGUUUCCCUCAACCCAAUCGGCAUUGCAGACUUAUGCGAUAAGUUGUAUUCUCACAUUUCUUGUAUCAUGCCCCUGAUUUGUCAAGCAGCGGCGAUAAUGCAAAGGCAUGGGUGGAUGGAUGAAUGAAUGACGCAGACAGCCAGGUCGAAGGUUAUUUUUAUGAAGAAUGCCUGAGAGUAGAAAAAGCAUCGGCGUCAUGGUCGUUUGCGAUGCGAUCCGUGAGGAUAUUGUGGACAUGCUUCGGUGCGACCAAUCCCAAAAUUCGGCACAGCAGAUGCAAGUGUUAGAGCUAGAGGGAAAAUAAUCUUCUAUUUUCUUGCCAUUAUCCCCUUAUCCUAA